UAGGAAUAAAAGAUGUAAUAAACUUGAAAACUUUCUUCUCUCCAGCUACGGUGAAUUUUGAAUAACAGAGCGCAAGACGGAAUAUAUAGAUGGGGAGGGAGCAAGUAGUAGUUGAACAUGUCAGAUUCACAAGAUGGCACUGAAAACUGUAGUUAGAAAAAAAAAUACACGUUGGUCUUUUACACACGGAACUUUCGCAAUUUUGUUCUUACAUUUGUAAUAUUGUCUGUAAUAUUAUUCAUUGAAAAACUCCAUGCGCUGACAUUAACCAGACAGUUGCAUUUAACACGUUUUAGUUUGUUUCUUCGAAUUGCAUUUUGUUUCUUGGGUUUCUUCGAUAUGGCCUGGUUGUCUGGACUCGCUGACAAGGCAGAAAAUUUUUUAAAUAAAAUCGAUAAAAACACCGCAGCCGUUUUAAACAAAGAUAAAUACGAGAUGUCACAUGGUCAUUUGUCGGAAGUCACCUGGCUUUCUCCGGAAUUUGGACAAAAUGAAAACACAUCCAAAACACCUUUGCUAGAAUCGUCGGGAGAUAUGUCCUAUGAUGCUCCCACUUCAAAUUUGACGUCAGUGAAUUUGCUGAAUGUAGCGCCUAAAGAAGAUGCAUUGUUCACAUAUUUGAAUACUCCAGGUCCGAGUCCAAGAAAGACAGCGGAUUCUUUCAAAUCGCUAUCAACCACUUCCUCGUUAUUAGUGGAACAUCCUACUGACGACACGGAUUCGGAGUUGUCAAUUCGUAGUGAUCGGAUCAGUCCAACUCCGACUCAUGUUUCACUAGAGAUGAUUCCUAAUGCAUUGGAUGACCAAGUGUUGGAUGUAGAAAAUACAAAUUUACAUCCACCCUCUGAAGUGCAGAUUUUAGAUCAUGAGAAUUUAAAAUCAAUGAAUUCUACACAAAAUGAACAGGAUAAUUCCAAAGAACAUUCAAGUGCUUUAUAUUCUGAUCUUAAAUAUAAAAUAACGCCAAGUGAUAUAAAAGCUGUGGAAACAAGUGAUUUGGCUGAUGAUCCGAUGGAAAGUAAGUCGGUGCGAAAAUAUAUUAAGGAAGUGGAACGGAAUUUAGAGAAGCAAAACAUGUUACUUGGAAAACAAGAGACCGAUCAUCAGAAAGAAAUUGUUGUUCUGAACGAGAAAUUAAAAGUUUUGGAAACGGAAAAGUUGGAGCAGAUGAAACAAAUAAUGGAUCUUCAAUUUGUUAUUGACAGAAAUAGGCAAGAAUUGAAUUCCGUUAGAUCUGAAUUGGAACAGCACAAAGCCAGAGCGUUGAGAACGUUGCAGGAAAAGGAAAAACUCAUAACGGAAUUGAAGAGUAAUGCACCAACAGCUAUGGACGAAGCUACGAUAAUGGAAUUGAACCAAUUGCAGCAGGAACGCGACAGUGUUAGAGAAGAGAAUCAGCAAAUGUGUCAGCAAUUGAGAACGCUACGGGAAGAACUGAUAAAUGCGGAUCUGAAUUUGGAAAAAAUAAGACAAAAAUCAGCCGAAACAAAUUUGCGAAAUCAAGAGAUUCUUGCGAGCGAGAGACGUCGCAGAUUGGAAGCCGAAGAAGAUGUAAGACUUCAGUCUGAAGAAAUAAGAUCUCUCAAGGAUGAAUUGAUCAAUCAACACAAUAGUCUUAGUUCGAAGUUGCAAAAACAGAAUUCAGAAAUUUCCAGACUUAGGUUACAAUUGUCCGCAUCGGCGGUACCAAGUAACGAAGUGGAUUCGAGAAUAGCGUCUCUCACGCAAACUCUUGUUCUGAAGCAACAAGCACUGGAGUGUUUGACGACAGAAAGAAAUGCUUUGCGCCUUCAGCUUGAAAAAAUCGAACACGAGUAUAGAAAUGCCGCGAGCACUUUACGAAGAAACAUGUCGUAUAAUAACAUAAAUGAUACGGAUGAUGCGAAGGCUCAAGUUCCUACGUUUCUAAUGGAAACGCCGUUCGAUACCAGCGUUGCCAGAAGAGUAAAGAGAGCUUAUUCUUCACUGGAUGCCAUAAGCAUUCGAACAGGAUUGUUUUUAAGAAGAAAUCCAUUAGUUAGAAUUUUAGUUUUAAUUUAUAUGGCACUGCUUCAAUUAUGGAUUUUAAUAGUACUUUUGUAUUCUCAAUCACCCGAAGCGCACUAAAAAAACACACAUUUUAUUUUUUACAUUUCGAGAAGUUUUCUUAAACGAGUAGCAACAUCGAGGUAUUUUUGUGGUUUACAUACCCUCCUUCUGAAAAGUUGUUGUGUUUUUUUACUAGAAUUUUAAAUUUAGACACAUGUCGCCGUAAUCUCGGUGUUCAUGGACCUACAUGUACAAUUGCAUAUAAACAUGUCUUUUAAAUUGAAAAUCGCUGUCACAGUAGCUGCAAUGGAGAAUGCAAGAAGUGUAAAAUGUAAGUUUUGUGAAAAGCAGAUUAUAGAGAAAUAUAUUUACAUAACAUAAUAACAAAUUACGAAAAAGGGAAAGGUUUUGUAUAGUUUUAACGUAGUGUAUAAGAUUUACUUCUAUGUAAAAAUCCACGAACAACGUAGAGCAUAAUAAAUAAAUAUUUAAAUAUUCAUAUACACACGUAUAACAAGGUUUAGAAACUUUUAUAUGAUAAUAAAGAGAAUUUAUUUAUUGAAAAUAUAUUGAAAUUUUUAUUAUCUCUAUUAUUGUUUUUUAUGUUGAAACACGCAUGUCUUUUCUGAAUUUUGAUACAAUAAAAAAUACAGGAUAAUAAAUUAUAAAAAGAAAAAAAUUAAACUUUUCAAAAAAUGCAUACAAUUCCACAAAAGCACAUAUCUAAGUCUUUAUUAAAAGUAAUUGUACAUGGAUUGUUUUAACAAAUACGAGGUAUCUUUACGAAGAUAUAGAUACGUUUAUAUGGUUACAAACAAAAUUACAAUUCUGGUUUUGCAAAUACAAUAUUAUAUUGCUCUGAUAAAUGUUAAUUUUUUUCUUACUGUAGUUUCAAGUUAAUUCCUCUUUUUUUAUUAUUGAUAUUUAAAAAAGACUAAAAGUGAUAUGAUAGGACAUUAUAUAUAAAUUAUAAUAUUUUUAUUCACAUAUACACGAGCACAUAUACACACACGCGCACACGUUCUACAAUAUUAUAUAAGAUUAUAGACUUCACAAAAGCAUUGACUCCGAAAGUAAAAUACUUUCGCGCUUAAGUUACAGAAAUUAAAAAUCUAUGGGUAUCCCAUUACACAUCGAAUCUAAUUUGUUAUUCUUAUAAUAACGUUACAUGUUUCAAAUAUCCACAGUUUUAUUGCUGCUGUAUAAUCGGAAAAUAGCGCGUACAUGCACCUUAGGCACAAAUUUCCUCUAAUCAGCGGUUACAGUUUGAUUGAGUCAAUGCGGAAAGGAUGUUUAUCACAUGAUUUUUUUUCUCGAGGUAUGAAACUUAUUUUAUUAAUUGUGUUGAAAUAUAUAUAUAUGUAUAUGUUAGAUGUACAAACUAUGAUUAUCACACAGGGUGUUCUAAGAUACUUUGAAUACGUAUAUACUCUAACAUUGCUUUCGGUUUGUUAAUAAAUAUUUAAAAACGAUUCUACCGUCGAAUACAAUAAAUAAAAAUAUGUUCUUCAUGAAAAUGAAGCAUAUGUCGCGCGAUAUAUUUCUUUUAUACAAAUGUAUAGAUGUUAGAUUUAUUCUAAUAAGUAAAUGCGACCCACACAGAACAAUUUAUACAAACCUCCCUCAGAUGUUCAUUAGACGUCACACAAAGUUAUGGUACGUCCAAUAGACGUUUCUAGUAAACGGUAUGUCUGUGGAGAGAAUUGCGUAUAAAAUCGUCUUGCUGCGAUUUGCAAUAAAUUCUUGUGAUUGUACUCGACAAAUUAGUUAUGUUUCUUUUUAUAAAGUAAUAUAGA